AUGGGAGCCAGUCAAAUGAAGGAGGCACUGUCCAAUAAAAGUGUGCUGGUAGUGUUUGAUGAUGUGAAUCAUAUAGACCAACUCAUAGCAUUAUGUGGAAGUAGGGAUCUGUGCUUCGGCAAAAGGAGUUUAGUACUUGUUACGUCAACAAGUAAGGAUCUAAUUCUUGGCCUCGGACUCUACUUUUAUGAAAUGAAGGCGCUGGAUGAGAGUGAGUCUCUUGAGCUUUUCAGCUGGCAUGCAUUUAAGAAAUCUAGUCCAACAGAUGAUUUCAUGUCUCUAUCAGGGAAAGCAAUAAAUUUUUGUGAAGGACUAUCGUUAGCUCUUGAAGUUAUUGGCUCUCUUUUGCUUAAUAGGACAAAAAAAGAGUGGAAUAAUGUGUUGAAGAAAUUGAGAGGAAUUCCUCGUGGUCAAAUACAAGAGAAGCUCAAGAUAAGCUUGAAUUUUUUAACCGAUUCAGAGAAAGAUUUAUUCUAUAAUAUAGCUUCCUUUUAUGUGGGUCUAAAUAAACAUGAUGUUACACAAUUGUUAAAGGGCUCAAAAUUUCCUGUAGAAAAGGCAAUGCAUGAGAUUACAGAGCAGGGACUUGUAAAAGUUGAUAUGAGUGAUAAGCUUGAUGUUCAUCAUUUGUUGCGAGAGAUAGGAAGAGAAAUAAGUCCUAAAAAGAUAAAGCAUGAAUAUACCUAUGAUGUAUUCCUGAGUUUUAGAGGUGAAGAUACACGUAAAUCUUUUACUACUCAUCUUUGCACUGCUUUAAAGAAAGCAGCUAUUGAGGUCUUCAUGGAUGAAGAGGGGAUUAGAAGGGGUGAAGCCAUUUCUUCCUCUUUACUGCAAGCAAUUGAAAGUUCAAGAAUGUCGAUAAUUAUAUUCUCGAAAAAUUAUGCUGGUUCUUUUCACCAAAAAAUUAUGCUGGUUCUAGUUGGUGUUUACAACAAUUAG